AUGUCAGCUUAUGAAAAUGUUGUUACUGGCAAGCUGAGGCUGAAGGGUAAAGCUUUGGAUGUAAGGAACGCAGCAGGUAUCAGAAAGAAAAGGAAGCACAAAGAGCGAAAUAUCCUAUCAUAUCAUGAUGCCGGGCACGAUCAAUUGACAGAUGAAAACAACGCGUUGGUAUCAGAUAGCACAUACCCGGAUGGAGAUGGAGGAGAGGACGAGCGGCUGACUCCAGCAGAAAGACGCUACAUGGAACAGCGGCAAAAAAUCGAGCUGGAGAGACUUGCGAAGGCUGCUAAGAAGUCUCACCGUGAUCGUAUUCAAGAAUUUAAUCAGUAUUUGGCUAAUCUGAGCGAGCACUAUGACAUCCCCAAAGUUGGGCCUGGCUAA